AUGGGUGCUUCUUCAUCAUCUGCUCAUGAGAAUGUCUCCCGAGUUGAGUUUGAGGAAUUAAAAAAGAGUUUAUCAAUUGUUGUCAGCCAGCAAGGGAUACUUAUGAAAUCUGUGGCUGAGAUGAACAAGAAGUUGGACAUUCUUAUUGAGUCAUCCCAAGGUGGUAAUACUCACAAUGGAUCUCAGUCUGAAGAUGCUCUUCGUUCUUCAGAAAAUGAGGAUGAUGAAGAUUCUACUUCAGAGGAAGAUGAGGAUGAUAAAAUUGAGGAUGACAAAGGAGAUGAACAUCAUGAGGAUGAAACUGAUGAUGAUGAUGAUGAUCUUGAUGGAGCUGGUAUUUGUGCUGGUCAGGAUGAGGCUCACACGGGGGAUGUUCGUAAUGAUGAGGGUGUUGUUGUCCCUGAGGUUAUUUCGAGGGAUGAUGAUACCGGCAAGGUGGAUGAUGCCAAGAAGUCUGACCCUGUGGAAGCUAUUGCAGAGAUCAAACAGCCUGAACAGUCUCAAGGUGGGGAGGAGAACAUUGAUGUUGAUGCAACAAUUGCAUCUGCUGUUAAAGCUGUGGAGAAUUUGAUUGGUUCCUCAACUCAUGUCCCUGCUUCUGUAGAGACUUCUGAGAAGACUGAUCUUGAAAUGGUUGUUUUUCAAGAGACUCCUAUUUUACGUCCUCAAAAGAGGGAUCGGAAGAAAGGAGUUGUUUUGAAAUCUCCAUUGAUUGAGCUUGCUUCUGGUGCAUCUAAAUCAGGUUCAUCCUCAGUUUCUCCUGAUGAUUCUGUUUAUAAGGUCGUUAAAUAUGUGCGUGAUUUGAGCCCGUUGGACAACAAGAUUGGUGAACCUGUCGAUCCGCAAUUGGAAGCUGAGUUUGUCACCACAACAACUAAUGUGUAUUGUAAGGGUAAGGACACAAUAUUUUCACCAUUUCGUUUUGGUGUUGAGGACAUUAGCAACAAGAUGUGGUUUCACAACCUUGCCUACCCUAAUUGUUUCCUUACCAAUUCUCACAUUGACAUUAUUUUCUACUAUCUUUGUAAGAAAAUAAUGUACUCAGCCAAGCCGAAAAUCAAAGUCACCACAACUGAUUGCCUUUUUUGUUCUAGCAUAACAAGUUUGUAUGAGAAGUUUGUUGAGAAAAACAACGAUAUAUCGGAUCAUUGGAUUUGUGGUCGUCUAAACAUAGUUGACAGACGAAUAUAUCUGUACAAUUCAUUGCGUUCUGGAAGGUAUAUGACAGCUGCAAAAGAGGCUUGCAAGCCUUUUUCUAUUAUUUUACCAUAUUACUUCUCUAUGUUAGACUUCAAAGGCCUUCGCAACGAAGCUAAGUUUAGCACGAUGGAACCGUUCCCUAUUGUUGUUGUUGAUGGUUUACCCGAGCAGGUCACAACUGAUUGUGGUGUUUUUGUAGCAUCAUUUGCUGAGUAUUUCAUUGAUGGCAAACCCAUCCCAUCCUCUGGUUUUGAUGUGGAAAUUCACCGCGAUCGUUUGGCUGUGUGA